GGCCGGCAGCAUGUCCGACAACGAGGACAACUUCGAUGGUGACGACUUUGAUGAUGUGGAGGAAGAUGAAGGGCUAGAUGAUUUGGAGAACGCAGAGGAGGAGGGUCAAGAGAAUGUAGAAAUCCUUCCAUCUGGAGAGAGACAGCAGGCAAAUCAGAAGCGGAUCACAACUCCAUACAUGACCAAAUAUGAGCGAGCCAGAGUCCUGGGCAUUCGUGCACUCCAGAGAGCGAUGUGUGCUCCAGUCAUGGUAGAGUUGGAAGGAGAGACAGAUCCUCUGCUGAUUGCAAUGAAAGAACUCAAAGCUCGGAAGAUUCCCAUAAUCAUCCGCAGGUACCUGCCAGAUGGAAGCUAUGAAGACUGGGGUGUGGAUGAGCUAAUCAUCACAGACUGGCCUGCUUCCUGUCAUUGUCCCUGGUUCCUCCUUCACCUGCAGAUGCUUUUAUUUUUGUUUAUAUUUGGCCGUCAUUAG